AACUGGCUAUCUGAACUCUGGUCCACAGCUGUUUGGCAGCAAGCAAGAUGGUUCCCUGUCCAUGGUAGAAGUGGCCAGUGAUACUGAAGCGGAAGACCUUCUCUGCAACUUGCACUCUCCAAGCUUCCUCCAGAUCUCAGAGGUGGAAAUGAGAGGUUCGGAGGAUGUGACCCCUGGCACCGUGUUACAGCGGCUGAUCCAGGAGCUGCAGUAUGGCCACCCGACCGAGAACAUGAGCCUGCUGGCCAUCCAGCAGCAGGCCACGGGGAGUGCUGGACCAGCCAACGCCACGACCGGCACGCUCGCCUCUUCCACGGAGAACCUGGUGCCGGAAGACCCGCAAAUGGUCCAGCAGUCGGCGCGCCAAGAACCGCAGGGCCAGGAGCACCAGGGCGACAGUGCUGCGAUGGAGAAGCAGUCCCGGGCCGCCCCGCCUCAGCAGAACAGCGAGGAGCUGCCGACCUACGAGGAGGCCAAAGCCCAGUCCCAGUUUUUCAGGGGCCAGCAGCCUUCUGCCGUGGGCCCCGGCUUCUAUGCGGCGGGAGGCUCCUGCCCAAAGGCUCGGACAGAAGGCAGGCCCACCCUGGCCCGUGCCAACAGUGGGCAGGCGCACCAGGACGAAGCCCUGAAGGAGCUGAAGCAGGGGCACGUGCGCUCCCUGAGCGAGAGGAUCAUGCAGCUCUCCUUGGAGCGGAACGGCGCGAAGCAGCACCCCCCCGCCGUGGGGAGAAGCAAGGGGCUCAAGGCAGGGGGGCCGCCCCCUGCCCCGAAUGCCGGGAAGGGCAUGGAUCUGCGUGGGCCACCUCCGGACUACCCGUACAAGAGCAAGCAGGUGGUCUCUCCCGUGAGCAAAGCCCAGGAGCACGGGGGCUUCUUUAACGACCAGCAUCCCGGAAUGCUGCAGGAGGCGGGGAAGGCGCCCUACUCGGCUCCGCAGGCAGCCAGGAGCGAGGUGGCUGUUGUGCGGUAUCAGCCUCCCCCAGAAUAUGGGGUGACCAGCCGCCAGUGCCAGCCGUCGUUUCUGGCGAUGCCCACACCGCAGCCGCACAGCCCCAUGUCCUCGCAGGCCUCCUCUCUCAGCGGCCCAGCGCACUUGGCAGCUCUGGCACCCCUCCCGAUGGCCACGGCAUCCCAGUCUCUGCCCGCGACCCCUCCGAACCAGCCGCCGCAGCUCCCUCCAGACGCAUUUACCAUAGUGCAGCGUGCCCAGCAGAUGGUGGAGAUGCUGUCGGAAGAUAACGAGGCCCUGCAGAAGGAGCUGGAGGGCUACUACGAGAAGGCGGACAAGCUGCAGAAGUUUGAAAUUGAAAUUCAAAGGAUUUCUGAAGCUUAUGAAGACUUGGUAAAGACCACCAUCAAAAGAGAGUCAUUGGACAAGGCAAUGAGAAACAAACUGGAAGGUGAAAUCCGGAGGCUUCAUGAUUUCAACAGGGAUCUACGCGAACGGUUGGAGACGGCCACGAGGCAGCUAGCCAGCAGAGAGUUUGAUGGGCACGAAGAUAAGAUAACAGAGGGUCUUUAUGCCUCUCAGAGCAAAGAGCACUUGAAGGAGAAAGAGAAGCUGGAAAUGGACCUGACAGCUAUGCGCUUGACCAGUGAGGAGCAGCGACGGCACAUUGAGGUCCUGGACCAGGCUCUAAACAGUGCGCAAGCCAAAGUCAUCAAGCUGGAAGAAGAGCUGCGGAAGAAGCAGGCACAUGUCGAGAAGGUGGAGAAGCUUCAGCAAGCGCUGACUCAGCUCCAGGCGGCCUAUGAGAAGCGAGAGCAGAUGGAGCGCCGGCUGCGCACCAGGCUGGAGAGGGAGCUGGAAGCACUGCGGCUGCAGCAGAGACAAGGGAAUUACCAGGCCACUACCUUGCCAGAGUACAACAUACCUGCCUUAAUGGAGUUAGUGCGGGAGAAGGAGGAGAGGAUUCUGGCUCUUGAAGCCGACAUGACCAAGUGGGAGCAGAAGUACUUGGAAGAGAGCGCAAUCCGACACUUUGCCAUGAAUGCUGCUGCGGCGACCGCAACAGAAAAGGAUCCUGCAGCCAGCAGUCACUCGCGGAACGGCAGCUACAGCGAGAGCCCCCUGGAGGUCCGCAUGUGGCAGGAAGAAGAGGAGCUUUUGCAAGCUGGGCGGAAGUUUCAGGACAUGGAGUACACGAUAAAGAAUCUGCAUGCAAAAAUCAUUGAGAAAGAUGCUAUGAUCAAGGUCCUUCAGCAGCGAUCCAGGAAGGAUCCUGGAAAAUCCGACAAUGCAAGUCUGCGGCCCGCCCGGUCAGUCCCUUCCAUUGCUGCAGCAACAGGAACUCAUUCCCGCCAGACCUCCCUCACCAACAACCAGAUGGCUGAAGAAAAGAAAGAAGAUAAGACCUGGAAAGGGAGCAUAGGACUGCUGCUGGGGAAGGACACUCAGGACCAUUCGCUUGUCCCACUGCUGCCGCCGCCGCCGCCUCCCUCUCUGCCCUCCAUAACGUCCUCAUGGCCAGUGACGGUCUGUCACCUGAAAAUGGGCAGCAAAGACAACAGCACUCAGACGGACAAAAGCUCCGAGCUUUUCUGGCCCACUGCGGCAUCAUUUCCGGGCAGGGGGAGAUUGAGUAGCACCCCCAGUGGCAGCCCAGCGCUGAAGCACCCUGCAGGCAAAGGCGCUGGAGAGAGACCGGAGAAUUCUCCCAGCCAUGGAAAGCUGCCCGACAGCAAGGGCAAAGUAAGCACUCUACUUCACAAACCGGAAUUCCCAGAACCGGACAUGAUGGAAGUCCUCAUCUAA